AUGUUCGGCGAUAUCAGCGUUGGCGAGUCACAUCAUCAUCUCGUACCAUCCUCACAAGUGCCUUCAGAAUGGAAUACGUUAGGCCUCAAAAUCUCAAAGGUCAUCCUCGGCUGCAUGACCUUUGGCUCAAGCUCAUGGCAAGGCUCACCCUGGGUUCUCGACGAGGAAGAUGGCCUGAAGCUUCUCAAAGCUGCUUAUGACCAGGGCAUCAACACCUGGGAUACAGCUGAUACGUACUCCAAUGGCGAGUCAGAGGUCAUCAUUGGCAAGGCGUUGAAGAAGUUCAACAUUCCUCGUCAAAAGGUCGUUAUUUUGUCAAAGAUCUUUAACCCAGUUAUGGAUGAUGGUACAAGGCCUGCUAGUAUCAAUGAUGGGCCGCUUGUGAAUCAGAUGGGGUUGAGUAGGAAGCAUGUUUUCCAUGCUGUUGAUAAGUGUCUUGAACGUCUUGGAACCGAUUACAUUGAUCGUGAAACACCCCCGGAAGAGAUCAUGCGCGCUCUACACGACGUCGUUCAAUCUGGCAAAGUCCGCUACAUCGGUGCCUCAUCAAUGUACACGUGGGAAUUCGCCCGUCUCCAAUAUAUCGCCCAAUCCAAAGGCUGGACACCCUUCAUCUCCAUGCAACCCUUCUACAACCUCCUGUACCGCGAAGAGGAACGAGAAAUGCUCCCCUUUUGUGAAGCCACAGGUGUCGGCGUCAUUCCCUGGAGUCCCAUCGCACGUGGUCUUCUCGCAAAGCCUUUGUCGAGCAAGAAUGAUGAGGCGAAUCAGUCGAUUAGGAGUCAGAGUGAUAAGAAGACGGAAACGUGGUUUGCAGAUGCGAAUUUGGAGAUUGUAAAUCGGGUUGAGAAAGUUGCUGCUGAUAAGGGGAUUAGUAUGGCCCUUGUUGCCACAGCAUGGGUGCUGCAAAAGGGGUGUUAUCCGAUUUUGGGGCUGAAUUCUGAAAAGAGAAUUAAGGAGUCGGUGGAGGCGCUGAAUGUCAAGUUUACAAAGGAGGAGUUGGAGUAUUUGGAGAGCGAAUACCGGCCAAGGAAUAUCCAAGGCAUGUAG